AUGGCUCCCAAAAAGAAGGCAAGCAAGGGGGCCAAGGAGCUCGAGGUCAAGAAGAAAGGGAGCAAGAAGGAUCCCGGCAUGGCCAAGAAGCCCAUGGAAAUGCCUGUAGGCGAGGAGAUCCGGGAGUUCUACCACAUCCAGAUCCGAGACCUGGAGGACAGGCUGGCCCGGUACCAGCAGAAGUGGGAUGAGCUGGCCACGCAGGAGAAGCUGUUCCGCCAGGAGUUUGAGCAGCUGGCCAACAACAAGAAGGAGAUCGUGGCCUUCCUCAAGCGCACGCUCAACCAGCGGGUAGACGAGAUCGCCGACCUCAAUGAGCAGCUCCAGAGCCUGCAGGUGGCCAAGGAGAUGGAGAAGGAUGCCUUCGAGGCACAGCUCGCCCAGGUGCGCCACGAAUUCCAGGAGACCAAAGACCAGCUCACCGCGGAGAACAUCAUCCUUGGGGGCAAGCUGGCAGCUCUGGAGGAGUUCCGGCUGCAGAAGGAGGAGCUGACGGAGAAGUUCGUGUCGCUGGAGGACCAGCUGCGGAAGCAGGAGAGCGAAUACAAGGACUACGUGUACAACCUGGAGAAGAAGUCGGUGCUAGACAAGGACAGACUGAAGAAGGAGAUCAUCCAGCGCGUGAACCUCGUGGCCUCCGAGUUCCGCAAGGUGGCCACCAGCCAGAUGUGGGACACGACGAAGCGGGCCAUCACGGAGAACAGCGCUGUGACCCUGCAGCUGUCCAAGAUCUCCCAGCAAGGCUUGCAGCUGCUGCAGGAGAACGAGCAGCUCAAGGGCACCCAGGACAAGCUGUGCAAACAGCUGGCGCUGCUGGAGAACACCCAGAAGCUCAUGGCCAGGCACAGCAGAGGCCACCAGAAGAUCAUCCUCCUGCUGACCGAGAAGUGCCGUGAGCAGCAGCAGGGCACAGCCGAGGCUGAGCAGCUGCGCCUCCGGCUGAGCCAACAGGAGCAGAGCCUCACCCAGCUGCAGAAGGACAACCAGGCCCUGAGGAGCCAGAGAGACCAGCUGACCCUACAGCUGGAGCGGCAGCAGGCCGAGGCACGGAGGCUACAGCAGGAGCUGACCGAAGAGCAGAAGGUUCGGGCAAGUCUGCACACAGCCCUGGCCCAGGCCGCCUCCUUCCUACAGAACAUUCUGCAGAUGCAGCCAGACGAGGAGGAUGGCGACUCUGACGUAGUAUUCCAGCUGCAGCAGAAGGAGAUGCUACAGCAUUUGCUGGCCAUGCUCAGCUCAGCCGUGGUCCUGAGCCCCCAGAAGGCUGUGUGUCCCCGCCAGGACAGCCAGCCCCAUGGCCCACCCAAAAAGAGCCAGUCCAAAACUCAGCCACCCAAGAUGGGGACUCCGCUGCAGCAGCUGUCCAGCAUCACACCCUACCAGCCGGGGGACCUGGGCCUGGUGCCUCGACAGCUCCACAUCCCACCCAACCCUGAGGACCUCAGGCUGCUCUCGCACACCACCCGUGUGGGAAACUUCCAGGCGCACAGCAGCCCUCAGGUGAGAGUGCCAGGGGCCCCAGUAACAGCAAGAUGGCGGCCAGCCCUGGGCGCAGAUCAUGGCUCUGUCAGCUGUGUGGCCUUGGGGAUGUGGCUGGGCCUCGCCAAGCCUCCAUUUCCCCAUCUGUAAAAUGGGCCCAAAAAAGGAGAAGGGUGGGAACCCCCAGAGGAGGCCUCAGCUUUCAAGCCGGCAUCUUUAAUCUUACAGAUCCACACCUCUGGUUCUCAAAAAAAGUUCAAAAAGUUUAGUCUUCCCGAAGUUUCCCUACCUUCCAAGUAA